AUGGCAUCCACACCUUCAGCUAAUGACUGGGGCUCGGCACGGCAUCCUAUUCUUGUGGAAGAUAGUGAUGACCUCGCCGGAAACGACCAAGAACAAGACACCGACGAUGACGAACCCCUCAAGAACAGGUUUGCGAGCGAGUCGACAGCCAGGAACCAAGAGAGAAUAAGGAAGAGGAUGUCCCUCAAGAAGGAGAACCCGCUCGGAACGAUGGAGAGCAUCCGCGCGUCAUUCAGCGUUUUGAUACAAGUAUCGCAUGACUGUCACAGAAGACCAAUCAACCAAGCGCUGUUUCUGGAAGAUGACCGCACACGUUACAAGAUGAAUGUAACAAAGAGCUUUGGUAGCCGCCAGGAGAAGCGCAAGCUUCUCCGAGAUUGGAAAACCUGGAACGAGAAAAAGCUCGAUGGCCAAAUUGCCUUCUUCAAGUUUCUUAGAGCUACUAAGAAGAAGGGAAAGAAGGCUGCUUAG